UAACAUGAAGGCCGUACGGGGAGACCAAGGCAGAUCCUCAGUUCAUGGGGUUCAUUCUCUCACUCUCUGAGAAGAAGUUGGAAGAAGGAAGAGGAGGAGGGGGUGCUGCCGUGCUGGUGGUGGAAGAGAGAUAAAAGAAGAAGGCUGAAGCGGAGAGAGAGAGAUUGAGGGAGCCAUGAACAAGGUGCCAAAGCAGAGCAGAGGCUCACCUCAAACUCUGCCAGCCGCGAAGCCAACCAGGAGGAGGAAGCCCCUAUCGGAUCGCAACUCCUCUUCAUCGACGUCCUCCGACGCGCCGCUGCCACCAAGAGGCUGCUUCCGCUUCCUCCUUUCCAAUUCCAACUCCAGGAGCACGCCCCGCAAGUCCCCGAAGCCCAAUGAGCAGUCUUCGGCUUCAUCGUCUCGCCCCCGCUGCCGAUCUCGGGCUCCGCCUCUUGGAAAUGGUGGCAAGGAUCAAUCUUCCCAGGAGAUCGCCAAGAACGGGGGAACCUGUACAAGGCCUCCCGACAACGGUACGCAUCCCUGCCCCUCGAGUUCUUCGAACGGAAAUUAUACCAUUUCGACGCCUGGUAGAGUGAAUGAGCAGGGCGCUCCACCUGUUCAGGCGUCCAUCUCACCUGAGAUACACUGUGGAUCUGAGGUUGUCAAGGAUGGUUCGGCUUGCUUUGCAGCCGGGCACCUCGUCUCCAAGGUCAAGGAUAGAAGGAAAUGUAGGCCCAGAGGAAUCCUCACUGUUGGGGAGAAUGUGAAGCUGGGGGUGGAAAUGGAUUGCAAGGUUAAUGCUUCUGCAAUCGUUCCAAUACCCGCAGAGGCGUCAGUCCGAUGGCUGGCAUCCCCUGGCGAUGCAAAAGGAAGCUCCCAAAAUGGGUCAUCUACUUCUCCAAGAUGUUCCCCUCGGGAUGGAAUUGAGGUAGGAAAGGAUGGUAGGUUCAGGAAAUUAGGAUGGGAAAUGAGUGGCCAGACUGGUGUUGACCGUUGUUGUGAUGCUAAAGCAGAUGCUGGAAAUGGGUCGUUUGCUUCCCCUUGGAAUGACACAGGAACAGUGAUUCAGUACAAAUGUGGCAGCUUAUUUGAUCAGAAUAAAGCUGCCGACUGUCACAAAUAUGGUUGCGAAGAUGAAGAAAGUACUAAAAAUGGGUUACAUGACUCUCCCGGGGUUGAAGUUAAGGUGGAGUUUGAGAAUAAAGGUGGUCCGAGAGAGGCUACAAACAGUUGCAUCACAGGUAGCUAUUCUGAAGAUUCCCAAAAAAAAUCUUUUGCUUUUGAUAGGGAUGAAUUAAUAUUAGGGGAAACGAUGUGGUUUAGAGACAAAGAUUGUAGCGACAGUCUUGAAUUAGGGCACGGGACUGGUGGUGGUGAUGAUCAUAAUUGUUGUAGAUCUGGAGAAAGCCCCAAAAAUGGAUCUUUUGUCUUUUCUGGAUUGGUCUGUUUUCCAAGUGAUGAAGUUGAGCUCGGCUUCCAGUAUAACUGGGUUAGGUCUCCAUCUAAUUUUAGUGCUGAAGAUGGAACCUUGGAAUGGGAAUUGAGAUCGAAAAAUAGUUUUAGAUCUGAUAAAUAUGAGGUUGCGGUUACUCAUUCAGAGAAUAAACCCACUCAAUCACUAUUAGAAGCUGAGAUUAGUGAUCCGACGUUUGGGCAUGAAGUUAUUACUAAUCAUCCAGAGGUUAAUCGCAGACAGUCAUUGUCAGAAGUCGAGACUAGUCCUCAUUCUGUUGGAUACGAGGACACAGCUCCAGAUAUUAAAGCGCUUCGGUCAUUAUCAGAAGUUCCAUGCAGCUCUGGCACUGAAUCAGCAUCUGCCCGUUGUGAUCUUCACUCUACAUCAAAAGCCUUAUCCUCGUCCUCAGAAUCCAAUUAUAGAAAGCGUCAUCAAAACCAUCCAGAUAAACAAACUUGUUGCAUUGAAUUCCAGGAGAACCGCCAUGAAGAAGCAUCUCCAAUAUCAGAGGAGACAUCAUUUUGUGAAUGUAACAGGCUUCUUGGUUGUGCAGAUAUAUCAGAAUCAACUGCUACUCACAAAUACGGUGUUACAGUUGGUCGUGGCAAUAUGCUUGAUGUUGAUGAAAGCAGAGAAGCGUCGCUAGUCCCACGAGAGAAUCCAUCUUCUGAAUCCAAGAGGCUUCUUUCCAAGCUUAGAUCAGAAUCAGAUGGUAAAGUUGGUCAUCAAGAUUGCAGUCCCACGGGGAACAAGUUCAGUAAGCUUGACCUUAGAAAGUGCAAAGAAGGAUCAUUGGUCAUACAAGAAGCACCAUCUUCUGAAGAUAAGGAGCCUUUUUCUUGCCUGAAUAUUUCUGAGAUUUCACCAGUGAGUUCUCCGUUUUCAGACGGAUCUUUAUGGAAACAGAAUGCAAUGUGCACACCUUCUACAGAUUCAGAUGUUGGUUCUUUUGAGCCCAAUUCAAUGGACGAAGUUCUUCGGACUUUGCGGGAGACUCAUGACAGAUCUGAUUUUUUACCAUUGCCAGGAUUUGAUUUUCGGUUCUAUUGUCCUGCAACGCCUUAUCAUUCGGCUAAUGGUGCUCGCAUGUGGGAUCCAUCAACUGAUUUGGAUGCUAUCCGCUUGGAGGAAUUGCAUGAACGAGGAAAUGAAUUGCUGAGCCCCACCUUUGAUAAUAUUUCACAUAUGAGAAUCUCAUGGAGAGAAGGUCUUGUUAGCAGAAUGUUUGAAAUGGAUGCGCCUGAUAUCAGUGACUGGAAGCUCGAAGCAGAAGACAAGACACAUUCUGAAUUUGAUUUUGAUCAUGAUCCGAAUUUGGGCAGCCCAGUGUUGGAUGAUGAGAAACUUCUUGAACUUGGAAGUGGAUUUGGGUCUUUUGAAUUGUUGAAUGAACCACAAGAUAGAGGAACUAAGGACUUAGACUGGAAACUGUGCUAUAGAAACUCAUUAUUCGAAGAAACUGCAUAGUUUUCCCUUGUCUUGUAGCCUAAGAGAGAAAAACACAGUGAGUUCUCAGUGGGUACUGGGCAGGCAGGGCAAUUGACCUGUGGAACCUCCACCUGUUCUCUGUACUUGUAAGUUGUAACAAUUUGAACAUGACUGAAAUAGAGAGUAGCUCCUUUUAUCCA